AAAUGUUGCACUUGUCUGCUGCCCACGAGCGUGAUCGACCGUCUGCAAAUUUCCCGGUUGUGUAAUUGACGGUAUUGUCCAAGUACCAUAUAAGAACAAAAUAGAGCCACUCAACGAUCCAACAGCUGAGGGACAACAAGCACCGAUUAAGGAAAAUUCCAUCAACUUCCGACGGGAUGGGUUAGAAGCCAUUCAUCGAAAAGCCUCACCUUGUGACUGUACCGAUUACCUGUGGAAAUCGAUAUCGCAGAACAAGGCACCUGGAACUUGUAAUUUGUAUUGACGUGUUUCGUGAUGGAUGUGUUUUCGGGCAAUUUAUUCCCCAUCGUUAUUGAUUUUCGAUCUGUUGCAGGGGAAAUUGUUAGGUAAAUGAAUAAUUAAAAUUUAUGUUUGCAAACCUUUCCCUUUUUUUAUAUCCGAAGGUGUUACACUCACGAUGCAAAUGUUCAACUAUACCGUGGACGACCUACAUCUAGUCGAGAAAGAGCAGUCAUCCAAAGAAGAUGACUAACAAGCGGGUACCAAUCAGGAAGGCCUAUUCAGUUUUGAAUUUAUCAAAAGAGUUUGCAGCAAACACUUCGAUGCAUGGUCUGAAAUUUAUCGCGCAAGAUGAAGCUUCGUUACCAGAGAGGAUAUUGUGGAUAGCGCUUUUCCUAGUUGGUUUGUUAUUUGCUGUUAUUUUUUCGUGGAAUUUGUGGCAAAAUUGGCAGGAAUCACCUGUUCUUAUCACCAUUCAAACUGCUAACUAUCCGAUAAAGGAAUAUCCUUUUCCAACAGUCACUAUCUGCAGUGUCAAUAAGGUUUCGACUCGAGCUCUUGGAUAUUGGAUGUCAACAGACGAGGCAAAGAAUUUCAAACUGGAUGAAAUUCGACGAAUUUUGGAGAUCUUGUCGACUAAUCGAGUAAAAAAUGAGGAAGAAGUCAUACGGCUUAGCCAACUUUUGGUCCAAGCCGAUAUAAGUAGCAGCAAUGAAGGUUACGAACACCUCAUGGACCGUCUAUCGCCAAACUGUUCAGAAAUGGUAAUCCACUGCUCGUGGGAAGGCAAAGAAGAAGACUGCGCCCUUCUCUUUGACUCCGAAGCAACCGAUGAUGGCUUUUGUUGUUCUUUUAACUCGAUCAUCAUCCGACGUGAUGCAAACUCGAUGACUAACAAAAAGUUGAGACAUGCCCGUACCAGUGGAGUGUAUGCUGGACUCACUGUUCUAUUAAACGCAGAAAUUGAAGAUUACAACGUCACAUCGUCUUCAAUAAGUGGCUUUAAAGUUUCUAUUCAAGAUCCGAAGGAUUUUGCUCGUACUGGACGGAUCGGAUUCCUUGCAAGCCCAGGGUUCCAAAUCGAUGCGGCUGUUAAUGGCCAGACUCAGAUAGGAGAUAACCAAUUACGGACCAUAGAUCUAAAGAAAAGAUUGUGUACGACCACGCAAGAAAUUAACCUUCAAUACUUUGAAGACUAUACCGGACCAUAUUGUCAGCUCGAUUGCCUUACCACCCACUUUCUGGCCAAUUGUUUUUGCGUUCCUUAUUAUUAUCCAGUACCCACUCGACUGCCCGUCUGUAAUUUAUCGUCCUAUCCCUGUUUGGAGAAAGCUAACGAACUUGUGGUGCAAAACUCAAGUUUGUGCGAAUGUCCUGAUGAAUGCACCACCGUCUGGUAUAGGAAUGAGAUUUCUAGUGGAACCUUUCCAAAUUCAGUCUGGGAAUAUCCAAACAGUGUCCUUAAACGACCGGAAUUCCAACGUCUAAGCACGAAUCACCUCGAUUCUUACGCCAAAAAGAAUUUCGUCAAAUUAAACGUCUACCUCAAGUCGGAUUCUGGAUUGUGUUACAUCAUGACUGAACGAACUACAUGGACGGAUUUUAUUUCCGCUGCUGGUGGGCUGCUCGGUUUAGGCUUCGGGUUCAGCAUUUUAAGUGCGGCGGAAAUAUUCUAUUUCUUUCUGGUUCGUUGGUGCUAUCACUGGUACCAUGAAAAAAAGCAGCAACAAAUGGUUAUCCAGAUUCGGCCAUCCUAUCCAUUGAUUCCUGGUCGUCGUCUAAUAGAAAGUACGGCGAGACAGCAAUUACGAAGAAAAUCUAAUAGGGCCAGUAUUGCCGACAGACUUCCUCCGACUUACAAAGAGUUGAAUCGUCGUAACCACAACCGAAAGCUGGAACUUAUCUUGACCAGCCAAAUUUAAUCCGAUCGUGGGUUGAUUAUUAAUAGGAUGUCGAAUACCUCAAAUAUCCCAUUUCGCUUAAUGUAGUUGCCCGCAGUAACACGCUAUCGCAUAUCGGAUUGUGUUUAAUCUCUAGUACAAGUACUCACUGCAGGUACAACUAAAAUUGUAUUUACUCAUUAGAAAGUUAUCCCAGCAUGUUUCUACUGCUGUGUCAUUAACGUAUCUCGAACUAAUUUAGAAUAUGUUUUAUCUUUCUGGGCUAAAUUUGUUUACAUGUGACUUGAAACUAGACUGCCUGUUUGCAUAUCACAGUUUUCCCUUUAGAAUUAGGGGGGAGGGAAGUGAAAUCGUAUCGUCCCGUAGAGAUAACUAAAUUGCUGUUUGGGCACCAUGAAAACCAACAUUAUUGUGCAACCAACUCUAAAAUAAAUUGAAACAAGACUGCAUGGAAAAUAAGUUUAUCAAAAGGGGAUUUUUAUUUGAAAAGAUUGCGUUUGGGGAAUUUUGAUGGAAUUUUGAAAACAUGUUAUGGAGAAAAAAAGAAAUUUAGAAGUUGGUAUGACAGCUCGUAUUUCUUAUCUUGUAUCUCGUAACUGGUCACGAACGUUCAAUAUUCUUACGUAAAAACUCUAUACGAUCGCAUAGUGAGAUCAAUACUGCUCAGCCCGUACCGUCCUACUAGUGAGAUCGUUGAAUUUCAAAUGGAUUAGCACAAAUUUGAAAAUCAAAUAUCCCAAGUGGUUCGUUGUAAGAAAACGAAUUAAACGAUACUGGAGCCUCACUCACGGCCAUUUUUAGAGUAUCACAAAAUCAUUAAUGUGACUGAUCUCUAAAACUGUUACAAGAAAGAAACAGAAGUCAUGCCAAGUUACCAUGCCCAGUUACCGAUCCGCUGAGCUGUGUUGGCUUACCAAGUUAGGAUGUGGCAGGGUUUGUCGUUUGCCCAAAUCAACCCACCGCAUAAGCUGCAGGAGGACGAUUUCGUUUGACACCAGUCGCACUUGCAUUUGAAUGGCAGUGGCUUCUUUCCGGUCUUCGCAGUCCAUCCCGGGAAGUACAGUUCGGCACACGCGCGACACUUUAUUGCCAAAGGUGACAGGGAUGCGCACCAACUGCAGUUGCAUUUUUUCGGGAACCGGAACAGCUUUGGCCUUCUUUGGUCCCUACUGGCUUUUCGGCGGUGAUGUAAACUUUCGCGGCAAGGAAGGCUCGGGUUAUGGUACAAGCGAAGAAAACUCUUCCUUGGGCUUGUGCAGAAAUCCGUCCUUGAUAGGUUUGUCUUGUUCUGCAUUUGUCUUCGGGUUUUCAACAUUGCUCGUUUGAAUAACGACAUCUGGGUACUCGGAAUUCACUGGAAUCAGUCCAGUUUUCUCUUCAGAUCGCUCAGCUUUCACUGUAGGCACCUGACGGGAUGUUUGAUCUAUUUCACCGGUCGGUGGUUUUCCAAUAGUAAGCUCUUCACUGUUCUCGGGUAUAGCUGCCGAUCCUUGUUGGAAUGUGUGAUGUUCUUUAUCCAACGAUGGUUCUCCAACAGGAAUUACAACUUCUUUCGUCUUCGAACUCCGGCGCAGUUUGGAGACUGUUUGCUGAAAGAAUCGCUUUAAAAAUGCCAUCUUGGAACUUCUGAGAACUUUGUAACUCCUUGAAUAUGAAAUGAUUUUAACCUUAGGGUGAGCAAAUGAGCAUCCUUUAUAGCGUGAUUGGUGGUUGUUCACUCGCAAAUCGUAGAUGUCCCCGUCUUUCUCCGUUUUUAAAAUCCGAUACCACACAGCGUACACAUGCAAAAAAGCAACAGCAGUGUAACAUAAUUACAAAUCAUGUUCAACACAAUUUUAACCAAAAUGUGCUGUAGAAAUUGUACAAUAAUAACGAAGAAAAUACCUAGACACAACAGGUAACGGUCCGUUCGUGCCAUAGUGGUUGGAUGGUAAACUUCCUAGUGUUUGGUGGGGGAUUAGAGACUCAUGCAGUCGGCUGAUAACUUUCGUAUGUGAACAAUCAAAUUUGUUGUCUUCGUAAAUACUAAAUAGUCUGUAGUUUAUCAUACCAAUCAAACUAUAAUAAACAAGUGAAUUUGAUUUCAUACCACUUCGCUUAGCUUGACGGCCCAUUUUUGUUCCACAAUUGUUGUCGUCUGAUUCUAAUUCGAAAAUUUUCGAGAAUCCAUAAAAUUAUAUAAAUCUUACGCUGCAGCUUGGUGGAGAUGAACUAUCGUGAUUAUCUUUUUUAUAAUAAUAAUAAUAAAAUCAAAGCAAUGGAUCUAGUAUGCGAGUACCAUGCUGCUAUUGCCAUCCGACCUGCACUGUUCUCUUUUCAGAAUUUUUGAGUGAAAGAAAUUGCCGCUAGAUGGGUACCAGGGUAGCUCCGUGCUAUGUUUACGUCUGUUGGCUGUUGCAUUCACUACUCCCUACCCCCUUCGGAAUGAAAUGUUGUCAAAAUUUAAAAUUUUUUGCACGAUGUUGAAGCCUUGUCAUGGUCUUGCACCUCAUAUAAAUGCAAUAUUACUUUCUCAUCAGAGUUUACCCAACCAGUUUUGUUACCGAUAAAAGCUAGCCCUAUCCCUGUAUAAACAAAUAGCACUCUGCUGCAACACCGCCAGUUUCUUUGCUGUUAUUUCAUCAUAAGAACAGUACGAGUUCUUAAGAUGUUUUCUAAUAAAUAGCUCAGUUACAGCAUUUACGUCACCUAUACGAUCAUUUUCAACGCUAUAGGAAGGAAACAAACUGUGUUGUAACUUAUUUAUUCUCUUCUAUCAACAAUAGCAAACCUGAAGCCAUGGCACUUGAUUUAGCUUCCUAGUUUGUUUCACUAAAUCUAAUAUGUCUCCCAUAUUAACUGCUGACAUGGAAAGUGAAGUGAAACCUGGAAUGUAUGCAUAAUUAGAGUUGGAUUAUAAGCCAACCCCAAUGUCAAGUCCUUUCCUACCAGCUCAUUAUCACUGGAUUGAGCAAAAAGAUUAUCCUUAUAAUUCCAACCAUUCGUGCCGUGGCAGUUCUAAUACUACUCAAGUGAUUAUUCAAGCUGGAUUCCAACACGACAAACAUACCUAAUAGUACAAGAGCUUCCAAAAACACCCAAAUCAAAGUUAUCAUUGCAUGAAGAAGACAACCCAGUCCACAGAAUUCACUUGAUUCACCUUUCAGCACGUACAGCACGAACCACGACAGUAACUCGUAAAAAAGGCCGACGAUGAACGGGAAAGAAUUUGUGUUCGCAUUAGUCGUUCGAGAAAAAAACUGCUGCCAACCUAACAUCUCGCCAUCGAAUCCUUAGAAUUUGGCUUAUUCCAUGGAUUCUAUUGGCCAAUUCAUUAAUGCUGAAAAAAGCGUGUUGAUCUAAAAGUAAACAUUUAAAAUGUAAGUGACCGAACAUUUCAGAGGAAGUUCUUCGCCUCGUCUCCAAUGCCAAUGGAAUUAGCUGAUACUGUCCCAAAACAGACAAAUCUCGGAAGAAUAAUGGAGCGUGUUCCCUAGUUUAACUAACUAGGAUUUUC